GUCACUUUCGGCUGAAAAGAAACGAAGAUACAACGCUACAAAGAUAGGUCACUGCUUCAUACUUUCCACAAUGCAUUUUUGAGAUUGAGUGAGACAUUUGUUUGUUGAAAUAUUGCGAUAACUCGCCUAAAACGCGAUGAAAAUCUACGAAAUCAACACAAGAGAAAGAUAAUCUGUCUUCAUUUCUUGCGAAAUAAACAGAAAUGACUAAGAUGGCUUUCGUUUCAACCAAAAUUUUGUUUGCUUUAACAAUCUUGAUGUACUUUGGUGGAACUCUGAUCAAUUGUAAUGAAGAUAUUCCCAUUUGUGACAAGCAAUUAAAACAACUGAAAGAAGAAGUGAAAAACUGGGAAAGAAGAUGUGUGAAUGAAAGUCUGGGAAACUUGGAUGAAGUCAAAAAUAAACGUCGACGUGAGAAUAAUUCCCCUGGUUGCACGGCAGAAAAAGAAUAUUUCCAGGCGAGAAUGCGUAUGCACUCACAAAUGUGCUUCUAUGAUGAACCUUAUCCUGAGCAAUAUAUGUUCUUGGCGAACGAAACUGCAAUUUUGGCAAUUGACUUAAUAACACUUGACACAAGAGUCGUCGUCGAUGGAAAAAGAAAUAUAGGAACGCUGGGCAUUGACCUAGAGGAAAAGAAAAUAUAUUUUGCGGAAUACGAGAAAGAGAUUCGUCGCGCAAAUUUUGACGGCACUUAUGAAGAAAUCAUUGUGAAUGAUGCUGAGGCAUGGCUAUUAACAAUUGAUUGGAUAGGACGUCGUAUACUCUGGACUAAAUACUUUAAGCAAACAAUCAACGUGGUGACUUUAGAAGGUAAAGACAACAGAACACUGAGUAAAACCUCCAAGGCUCGGGAUGUAGCAAUUGACCCCGUCGAAGGAUAUUUAUUUUGGACUGGUCGUGAUGGAGAAAAGAUAAUGCGAAGACACUUGGCUACCAACAACGAAAAACAAAUAUAUGGUUUCAACAGAUAUGAAAAUUACGUUCUGGCUCUUGACUACAAGAGGAAGCGAAUUUACGCGUUCGAAGAAAUCGAAGAAGCUAACGUCAUAAUUGAAAUGAAUUACGAUGGACGUGACAGAAAUCAUACAACUAAUUAUGGUUCAAGUGGUUUUGGGGGACGUUUGUCAGUGGACGUUAUUGGAGAUUUUCUUUACUGGAAAGAAAGAAAUUCACCCAUUAUUAUAAAAAUGAAUGUUACCAGCAGAGAUAUAUCUCGUUAUAUUCCGGUACCAAAAGGCUUCACCGUGAGAAAGCUUCUCGUCGUAGACAAAGAUCGACAACCUGAAGGAAAAUGCACAAAAAUUUCAUGUCUUCACGGCCACUGUUCUAACACUAAUGGCACAGAAGUUUGUCAUUGUGAUAAAGGUUUCAAAUACAACGGACGGUCUUGUAAAGAUAUUGAUGAAUGCGUGCCAUCCCCGUGCAAUCUUACAGGUCUGGAGCGCUCAUGCAACAACACUCCAGGUUCUUACAUUUGUAUGUGCAAAAAUGGGUCGACUUUUAAGGAAGGAAGUUGUGCAGCCAACUCUGAACUGAAAAUCAGAUUGAAUGGUUCAAGUAACAAUAUGAGUGGAAGAGUGGAAAUAUAUCAUCCAACACUUGGCUGGGGCAAAGUCUGUGAUCGACACGAUAAUGGAGACUUGACAACUACUGAAGGUAAGGUCAUUUGCCGUCAGUUGGGUUUCUCAGGAGUGACCUCGAUCACGUCCGAUUAUCGCUUUGGCGAUGGAAGUGGUCCCGUAUUCCUUUCUAAUGUUCAGUGCUCUGGUGAUGAAGCAUUCAUCUGGGAUUGCAGUCAUAAUGGAUGGAAUAAUAAUCCCGGGGACUGCGAAGAUAGUCGUGGUGUCGUUGUGGAUUGCAACUGAGACCACAAUCAUUCCAGGACGCUGGGUUAGAUAAUAGACUAGACUUUCUUUUACUUACUGCUCGCAUAGUGAAUAAUAAUUAUAUGGUCUGUAAAUUAGCUAAACACCUGAGCGUCAGUGCUUUAGAAAUUUGUGACUAAAUUUCUGUCACUUGUACACUAAUUUGCGUUUUAGCAAUACAUAUAAAUUAUAAUGGCAUUUAAGUUUUACGAUAUAAAACGCAUUGAGUUAAAAUAUAAAACGUAGAAUUUUUCCAACCAAAGACUUCGAGCACUGUUUGGCGACCUCAAGAUGGAUUGAACAGCUGUUUAGAAACGUUUUGGUGACCGAAAUUUUAAAUGAACCAUAUGAACAUUCACUCCAAAAAAUAUUAUCAGAA